AUGCGCAGGGCGCUGCCGCCGCCCACCGCCGCCCGCCGCGCUGAGGAGGUGCCCGGAGGACAGCGGCUCCCACCGCCCCCCCCGCUCUCCCCCUUCAGGGCACCCCCCGCCCCGGUACCCACCCCGCCCGGCCCCCCUUCCCUCCCAGCCUCACCCCACCCUGCCCCAUUCCCCUCCCUCCGCCAGAUGACCACCGAGAGCGGGCAGCAGCGGCUGGAGCCCCCCGUCCCUCUCCGCUCCUGCAGCCCGGCUCCCGGAGCUCUCCAGAUGAGCCGGCCGCCCUCCUCCGCCCUGGAGACCUCCACCUCCUCUUCCUCCACCUCCACCUCCUCCUCCUCCUCCUCGGCGGCGGCGGCGUCCUCCAAGAGCAAGAAGGCCAGCUCGGGGCUGCGGCGGCCCGAGAAGCCCCCCUACUCCUACAUCGCCCUCAUCGUCAUGGCCAUCCAGAGCUCGCCCUCCAAGCGCCUAACCCUCAGCGAGAUCUACCAGUUCCUGCAGGCCCGCUUCCCCUUCUUUCGAGGCUCCUACCAGGGCUGGAAGAACUCCGUGCGCCACAACCUCUCUCUCAACGAGUGCUUCAUCAAGCUGCCCAAGGGCCUGGGCCGCCCGGGCAAGGGCCACUACUGGACCAUCGACCCGGCCAGCGAGUUCAUGUUCGAGGAGGGCUCCUUCCGACGGCGGCCCCGCGGCUUCAGGAGGAAAUGCCAGGCGCUGAAGCCCAUGUACCGCAUGAUGAACGGGCUGGGCUUCGGCGCCUCCAUCCUCCCGCAGGGCUUCGACUUCCAGGCGCCCCCCGCCUCCCUCGCCUGCCACUCCAAUGGCUACAACCUCGACAUGAUGCCCAACGCCAUGGCCAGCGGCUACGAGGGACUCAGCGGCGGCCACCACGUCCCGCACAUGUCUCCCAACCCCGGCUCGACCUACAUGGCCAGCUGCCCGGUGACUGCCAACGGGGACUACGGCCCCGACAGCAGCAGCAGCCCCGUGCCCUCCUCGCCGGCCAUGGCGAGCGCCAUCGAGUGCCACUCGCCUUACACGAGCCCUUCGGCUCACUGGACAGCCUCGGGGGCCUCGCCCUACAUAAAGCAGCAGGGCCUCCCCGCCGCCAACGCCGCCUCCUCUGGCAUCCAUUCCAGCGUGCCCUCCUACUCCCUGGAGCAGGGAUACCUGCACCAGAGCCCCCGCGACGACCUCUCAGUGGGACUGCCUCGCUACCAGCAUCAUCCCUCCCCGGUGUGUGACAGGAAAGAUUUUGUCCUCAAUUUUAAUGGCAUUUCUUCGUUUCACCCGUCCGCUAGUGGAUCAUACUACCACCAUCACCACCACCAAAGCGUCUGUCAAGACAUCAAGCCCUGCGUGAUGUGAAGGCCGCGCCCCAACAGAGACAAUCAGGUGUCACUGAACAGAGCCGAGGUGUAGACGGACCCACACAGAUUAAAUAUAAUGUGCACUCUGGUAGCAUUGGUAGUACACGAGUCACUUAGCAAAUUUGCCUAAGGAAGCAGUGUUUUC